GGAUCCUGCGCCGGGGGACGGGCUGAGCCAUGUGGGGCCGAUACCUGGCGGCGCGGCGGCUGCUGAGCCUCAGCCGGACUUUGAAUCAAAAGUCAUGGAGGUGGAAGAGUGGGUCUGCAAAUGAAAAAGCACUACAAUACAAGAUAGGAGAACGAAUCCAUGGGUUCACUGUAAACCAGGUAACAGCUGUUCCUGAGCUAUUCCUAACUGCAGUGAAGCUUAGUCAUGAGAACACAGGAGCCAAAUAUUUACAUGUGGCACGUGAGGACUCCAAUAAUUUAUUCAGUGUACAAUUUCGUACGACCCCGUUGGACAGUACUGGUGUUCCACAUAUCCUUGAACACACUGUGCUUUGUGGUUCUCAGAAGUAUCCUUGCAGAGAUCCUUUCUUUAAAAUGUUAAACAGAUCACUGUCCACUUUCAUGAAUGCAUUUACAGCCAGUGAUUACACACUCUACCCAUUUUCAACACAAAAUCCAAAGGAUUUUCAGAAUCUCCUGUCCGUGUAUUUGGAUGCUGCUUUUUUCCCAUGUUUGCGACAACUAGAUUUCUGGCAAGAAGGUUGGAGGUUAGAACACGAGAAUCCGACUGAUCCUCAGACACCACUAGUCUUCAAAGGAAUUGUUUUUAAUGAAAUGAAAGGGGCAUUUACAGACAAUGAGAGGUUAUUCUCACAACAUCUACAGAAUAAACUCCUUCCUGAUCACACUUAUGCUGUAAUAUCUGGUGGAGACCCAUUAAGUAUUCCUGACCUUACAUGGGAACAGCUUAAACAGUUCCAUGCCACUCAUUAUCAUCCAAGCAAUGCUAGGUUCUUCACUUACGGUAACUUUCCAUUGGAGCAGCAUUUGAAACAAAUUCAUGAAGAAGCGCUGACUAAGUUUCAUAGAAUUGAACCAAAUACUGCCAUCCCAGUACAGCAACUCUGGGAUAAGCCUAGAGAGCAUCAUGUGAAAUGUGGCUCAGAUUCAUUUGCUGCAGACCCUACAAAGCAGACAACUAUCAGUGUCAGCUUCCUGUUGACAGACAUUACAGAUACUUUUGAAACUUUCACGCUUAACCUGUUGUCUUCCCUGUUGGUUGGUGGACCUAAUUCUCCCUUCUACAAAGCCUUACUUGAGGCCAAUCUUGGUACAGACUUUUCUCCUGAUGUUGGGUUUAAUGGCUGCACGAGAGAGGCUUACUUCAGUGUAGGCCUGCAGGGAAUUGCUGAGAAAGACAUUGAAACAGUCAAACAAAUUACUGCUAGAACAAUAGAUGAAGUUAUUGAAAAAGGAUUUGAGGAAGAGAGGAUUGAAGCUCUACUUCACAAAAUUGAAAUCCAGAUGAAGCAUCAGUCUACAAGUUUUGGACUUGCCCUGACAUCAUACAUAGCUUCCUGCUGGAAUCAUGAAGGAGACCCUGUGGAACUUUUGAAGAUUGCAGACAAAGUGACUCAGUUCAGACAGCACCUCAAGGAAAACCCAACAUUUCUUCAAGAAAAAGUUAAACAGUAUUUUAAGGAUAAUCCACAUAGAUUGACUCUGUCGAUGAGUCCAGAUGAAAGCUACUAUGAAAAACAAGCAAAAUUGGAAGCAGAAAAACUGAAACAAAAGGUUAAUGCUCUUUCUGAAGAAGAGAAGAAACAAACGUAUGAAAAAGGUUUGGAAUUAAUUGCUCUUCAAAGCAAACCUCAAGAUACCUCCUGUCUCCCGGCUCUAAAAGUAUCUGACAUUGAGCCUACAAUCCCAUUCACUGAGUUGGAGAUGGCAUUUGCAGCUGAUGAAAUCCCUGUCCAGUACUGUGCUCAGCCGACCAAUGGGAUGGUAUAUUUCAGAGCUGUUUCCAGCUUGAACACACUUCCAGAGGAACUCAAACCAUAUGUGCCACUCUUCUGCAGUGUCAUUACUAAAAUGGGCUGUGGAGCCCUUGGUUACAGAGAGCAAGCCCAGCAAAUGGAGCUAAAAACAGGUGGCAUGUCUGUCAGCCCACACAUCAUUCCAGAUGAUUCACAUCUGGAUGCGUAUGAACAGGGUGUGCUCUUUUCUUCUCUGUGCCUGGAUAGAAAUCUGCCAGACAUGAUGCACUUAUGGAGUGAAAUCUUUAACAACCCACACUUUGAAGAAGAGGAGCAUUUUAGAGUACUGGUUAAGAUGACUGCGCAAGAGCUGUCAAAUGGAAUUCCUGAUUCUGGGCAUUUAUAUGCAUCUGUUCGAGCUAGCAAAACCCUAACACCUGCCGGAGAGUUACAAGAAAUGUUUAAUGGCAUGGAUCAGGUGAAACUGAUUAAGCGAAUUGCAGAAAUGUCUGAUAUUAAACCAGUACUACGCAAACUACCACGCAUUAAGAAAUAUUUAUUAAACAGUGAUAACAUGAGAUGUUCAGUGAAUGCUACACCUCAACAGAUGUCACAAGCAUCUAAAGAAGUAGAAAACUUUUUAAAGGGCAUCACUAGAAGCAAAAAAGAGAGAAAACCUGUCCGCCCCCAUGUGAUUGAGAAGUCUCCAGAGCUCAUGCCUGUUGGAAGGGAAAGGCUUAAUUGUUCACAAAUCACAAGGAAAUUAAUUACUGAGCCUACCUUCAAACCAUGUCAGAUGAAGACCCAUUUUCUACUUCCCUUCCCAGUGAAUUAUGUUGGAGAAUGCAUUCGAACUGUUCCCUACACAGCUCCUGACUAUGCAAGCCUUCGGAUCCUUGCACGGUUGAUGACAGCUAAAUUCUUGCAUAGGGAGAUCAGAGAGAAAGGAGGUGCUUACGGAGGAGGUGCUACACUCAGUCAUAGUGGCAUAUUCACUUUCUAUUCUUACAGGGAUCCAAAUUCCACAUCCACCUUUUCAACUUUUGAAAAAGCAGCGGAAUGGGCUCAGUCGGGGGAAUUUGCACAGCAAGACAUUGAGGAAGCCAAGCUUGCAGUGUUUGCAGCUGUAGAUGCUCCUAUAGCUCCUUCAGACAAAGGGAUGAAUCAUUUCUUGAAUGGUAUCUCCAAUGAGAUGAAGCAGAGACACAGGGAGCAGCUUUUUGCUGUCAGCAGAGAUCACCUUAUUGAUGUAGCAAACAAAUACCUUGCAGGUGGGAAGAGCACCCGAGGACUGGCUGUACUAGGCCCAGAGAAUCCGCACAUUGCCAAAGAUCCAUCCUGGGUCAAACGAUAACAUUUGUUACUGAAAAUGGCUUAAGAGAAAUAAAACAAUCCAAUUCAUAAGUGACUAAGGCACAUUAGAAUUUUUAAUUUUCCUGCAAAGGUCCAAGUGAAAGGUCAUUACAACUUCUUUACUCUGCAUGCAACAAGCCACUCAGCUCUUUCCUCAAAGAAAUUAACUCUGCCAAAGAAGGUUUAUCUCUACAACUGCAUUGUAUUUAAGAAUGAAAACUAUUAGUUCAUCUAUGGCUAAAGCAACUCUUCAGUUCUUCCAUAAGCAUUAACUGCUGUGGCACAAAAAUAUGGAUUUUAAUAACUUCUAAAUAUACAAAUUAUUUUUUAAAAGCCAUGCUAAGACUUGAAUUUUAAAAUGUGUUUAGCUUAAAUCAUGUUUUCUUACAAUAUCUGUAUUUUUAAACCUCCACUGUUGGGCAUAAACAGAUUUGUUACACCUACACUGGUACUUCAUAAGUCUUUCCUAGUGUGUUGAGUUUUCCAUAAGUUGCGCAUAACUGUUCUUGUUACAUUGUGUUGUGUCUACACUACAACUUACGUUUUUAAUGAUAGAGUGGCAGUGUUGGAUCAAAACAUGUCCUCUAUACAACGUAUGGCUAAUAAUUGAUAGCUACAGGAAGGGGAAAAGGUGGUUUUAUUCAUAACAGGGCUAUUUUGAUGGAGCUCCUACCUGUGUGACCCUGAGCCAGUUGUUCUUCCUCCGAGUAGUGAAUGGAAUUCUCAGGGUGCUGUUUUUGUCCUUUGUUUACCUUUUGGCUAAGGUUCCACAGCUAAAAUGUUGAGACAGCCACAAUUGUGUUGUGGAGAAAAAACUGCUGUGUCAAUGUAACUUAACCGUCGUGAUUAUAACCUGGUUUCACAUGUUUCAGCUGAUCACAGAAAACAGUCCUUGGUCCUGGGUGUGAUUGAGGGUUUUCCUAUUGUCUGAGAGAAGCUGAGGUUAGUUAGCAUGACUUCUGUGGGUAUGUCUACACUGCAGCUUGGAGUGAGCCUCUCAGCAUGGGUCGACAGACUUGUUUCACUGGAGCUAGCAUGCUAAACAUAAGAGUGUGGACAGUGCAGCUCAGGCUAGCCAGCCAGUUUUGGACUCAGGUGGCUAGCCUGAGCCUCUGCCAGAGCAGCUACAGCCACACUAUUUUUAGUGUGAUCGAUCUCGUGAAGUUAAUGUGAGUCUGUCUCUCCACACUGGGAGACAUGCUUCCUGCUGCAGUGUAGUCUUACCCUAAGGCAGAGGUGAAAGUAAGCUGGUACGCCCCGAUACAGCUUACCGAGGCAGCCUGGCUUCCCCAGGCGGCAAUUUAAAGGGCCUGGGGCUCACAGAGCUCCCUUUAAAUUGCUGCCAGAGCCCUGCUGUUGGAGCCUUGGGGUAGCGGCAGCAGGGCUCCGGGGGUUAUUUAAAGGGCCGGGGCUCCCGCCGCCUCUACUGCCCUGGGCCCUUUAAAUAACCACUGGAGACCCGCCGCCGGUACCCCAAGGCUCCGGGGGCUAUUUAAAGGGCCCGGGGUGGUAGCAGCAGCCGAGCCCUGGGCCCUUUAAACUGCUGCCGGAGCCACCGGCUGCCGCUGCUACCCCACCGCCAGAGCCAGCCCCAACCCAGCCCCGUACUGGUAAGUCCCUAUUUCUACUUUCACCCCUGCCUUAGGUACAUCUACACAGCAGCUUGAAAGUGUAAUUCCCAGCUCAGUUAAACUUGCAUGCACGAGGUUGGCUCUAGCACCUAAUAAAGGCAGUGUGGUCAUCGUGGUUCAGGCUAGCUGCUUGAGUACAUCCUCAGAGUCAGGCAGAAUCCAACUUGGGUGGGUAGCUUGAGCCACCAGCCAUUUCACGAUGGCCACACUGCUAUUUUUAGCACACUAGCUGGGGCCAAGCUAGCAUGAGCUGGGAAUCGCAUCUCCCAGCUGCCAUGUAGACAUAACCUCCUGUGUGUGUCCUUUAGGUUAACAGCCAUCUUCACAGGGUUAACAGCUUUAGUAUUGCAUUUAAUAGUAAUUUUUGGUGUGUUACUUCCUCUCUGGGGGGAGGUGUGUAGGGUAGUUCAAAUUAAUGCAGCUUCAUUGUGCAGAUGCAGUACAGAAAAAUCUGCAGAUGCCCUGCUCUUAAUCCCUCCCCCUGUUCUACAAGUGGAGAAAGAGCAGUUAUUUGCCUCCUUUUUAGAAUGCAAAUAAAAAUUGCUCCUACUUUCAACAGUGGUGUUCUCCUGUCGUCAGUUGUAAUUUGUUAGUUUUUAGACAACUUAAAGUCACACAGGUGGUUUGCAACAAUUCUUUUAUUCCACUUUGGAUACAUAAAUUCACUCUGUAACUUGACACAAAACUAGCCUUCUACAUAUAUUCUGAGUAUAGACUCUAUCUCUGAGAUAAAGUGCGCUAGAUGAAUGACUUAUCACACUGAGUGCAUAGAAUUGUGUUAAACUUAAGGAUCAGGCCAGUUACUGGUAUUUUGUAAGUUAGAUGCUAGGGUUUGCUUUAAACCUAGGAUAAUACUGGGCAAGGAACUUGUGUGAUGUUUGCAUGUCUGAAUUCACAUAAAGUGCUGGUACAAUAAUUUAAAUGUUACAAACAAAGCUGUAAUGAAUAUUCUAAAGCAUUGUUACGCACAACGUAGGUCUAUUACAACUUUAUCUAAAAUAAUGGUCUCUUCUUAGAUAGCUCCAGUAUCUGCUUCUUUUGGGCUGUGCCUAGCUACAUGCUCUAGUUGACCUGAAUCUGAAACAUCAUAGCUAGUCUUGUAUUUGGCCAGAAUUUUCAUCAGAGGUCGAAGUUUCAGCCACCACUGUUCCUUAGGAAUUCUGUGC